UUGUGUGUAACAUCAUCAAGGAAGUAAAUCAGACAACUAAUACUCUUACAAAAUGCAAUGGAAUAAUAUCAUGAUAGUAAGUCACGUGUGAAAAGUCUGUUCACAAACUACAUAAGGUUAUGCAUGUAAUGCUGCUGAUCAUAGUAGGACAAUUAUCUGUUGACUUGAAAAUGUUUUCUAUAUUAUGUAGAAUCGUUGUUCUUCAUAUCGAUGCUGCCAAAGGAGAAGCAAUUCAGUGUCCUUUGGGUUACACGGGCCUCAAUUGUUCCAUGGAGUGCCGCUAUCCUGGGUAUGGCAAAUCCUGUCAAGAGCAAUGUAACUGUUCACAGGAGUUGUGUGACAUAUCAACAGGCUGUCCAGAUUCACCUCAAAAUGACAAGAUGCUUAGAGAUAUAAACUCUACUGAAUCCGAAAGAGAGAGCAAAAACCCAAAUAGUGGGUCCCAGUUAACAGUUAUUCUCACCGGUGUUGUAUCUUUCUUGGCUCUCUUGGUGUUCAUUGUCGCUGGAAGAAUAACCUGGAAAAGAGUAAAACAAUAUAACCCUAGGAUGGUUCAAAGAAAGCAAGGGUUAGGAAAUCUUGAAAAAGAGUCUAAAAGGAGAACUGAAAAUGAAGGCACAAUAGAAAACUUUUACGAAGACAUGGACGAGAACAACAGAGUAGAAAGUAAAAAAGAAUGUCUACUUCCUUCAGAAAAUGAUUAUAUUGAAACGCUGACUUUCCCCAAGAAAAAAAAUGAAUCCGACAAUCGAGAAUCCAGUCACUUUUACGAUGCUUUAAAAUGACGAAAUACAAUCAAAACUUUCAUUUUGUAAAAAAAAAUGUGGACAUGGAUUCACAAUCCAAGACAUCUGUAUAUUUUCUACUGUUUUACUGAGAUGUCCAAUAUUCACCAAGACGGUUUUAUUAUAUGAUAAAAUGUUUAAACGACACUGAAGUCCCAGUCAAAGCGUUAUGGCAGAAAAUCGGUUAACAUAAUC